UGAAACAGUCAUUUUCCAAAUAGAGAAGUUACUAUAAUCGGACUAUAUGGUCCCUUUAUCAAAGUCAGAUUGCCCUAUCGUGUGCCAAAGACCCGAAUAACACCUUAAAUUAGCCCUCAAUUCUAUCACUAGACACUUAUCACAUAUAAUGUGCAAGUCAAUUUGUACAAGGGGAAAAUAACACAUUUUUGUCAAGUGUUCUUGCUUUAAUUUAUAAAUAAGGAAUUUCUUUUCAAAAAAGGACUUUAUAAGGUAUGCAACGAGCGACCAAGGUAAACACGACAGUCUGAUAGCUGCAUGUGAACACAGCAAUUUACGGAAAGGUUACAACAUGGGAUAACAUCGGAAUUAAACUUUUUUAUUUUAAUCAGAAGCGUGUUUUGAUCGACAAUUCAAGCAGCCAAGCUUUGUAUCUACGAUAAGACUAAAACAACGAUACGUUGUGUUCGUAUGCAUUUUGUUAAAGAUCACUAGGAUAUUGGACUAUAUAUGUCAUUCCUACAAAGCCAUUACUUGUAUUCUGAUGGAAUUUGACGUCACACGGCGAUAUUGAAUGAAGGGGUCAGCUGAUCAGACGAGUUCACGUCAAUAAGAUGUUUAAAUUCAACACUGAUGACAAAUGCAUAAUAAAACAUUUGUAUGCACAGGACAAUGUAAACGUCUAAGAUGAGGAUUGCCAGAGACACGUUGACUCAAAAUCCAUGCAGUUAAAUGAUCGUGGUCCAGUGAGAGAGAAGUUCAUAUUAGGACAGUGGACGUCAGAUGGGGGCUAUUAAUAACGGAGAAGCUGGACCGCCCAGCCCGGGGGGGACGAGACAGCUGUCAAACUCGUGUCCUUUACCAUCAUCAACAACUGGUUGUGAACCGGGCUGGGUGACCUAUCACGACAAAUGUUACUGGUUUUCAAACUGUUAUGCCGAUUGGAUUACAUCUUCGAGCUUCUGUAGAUCUUUUCAUUCCAAAUUAGCAGAGCCAAAGACAAUCCUGGAAAUGAAUUUCUUGUCUGGUCAAGCAAUGACGAAAGGUCAUGGCUUUUGGAUAGGAAUAAGUGACAUGAUAUUAGAAAACCACUGGGUUUAUGCAUCUUCUUUAUUGCCUUUCACGAUACAAUUUUGGGGACACAAUGAGCCAAAUGGUGGAACAACAGAAAAUUGUGCUUUCAUAUCCUCCAGUGACGGAAAACUUAUUGACCAUAAACAAAGUUCUGAACAUCUCUUCAUAUGUGAAAUUGAAAACGAGUAUGUAUUUUUUACCAUUUCGAUUCAUGUAUUAUCACGAGUUAGAACUAAACAAAACAAAUAAAAUUGAUGCAAAUCAUCAAAUCUACUGCAAACAAAAUGAAUGACACGGUAAA